CGAGCGCUAUGGGCACCGCGUUGGUGGCCGCGCUGCUGCGAGGAACCCUCACUUCUGGCAGCUGAUGUGUGCUGCUGGCAACUAUGCUUCUGCUCUGCCUCCUCGUCCUGCUGGCCGCCUGCGGGCCUGCACUGGGCACGUGGAACACCUGCGGGGGGGUCUGUGGGGUCCGGUCCAUGACUUCUGAUGAGGACCAAGGCAAGACCCGUGUUGUGGGUGGCACAAGUGCUGAGGAAGGGGCCUGGCCCUGGCUCGUCAGCAUCCAGGAUCCCGAGAUAUCAGGCACGGGGCAUCUGUGCGGAGGUUCCCUCAUCAGCACACAGUGGGUCCUCACAGCGGCCCACUGCUUCGUCGAUGCCAGAAACAUCAGCGCUAUGCGCGUGGUGAUCGGGGCCACCCAGCUGACCGAGCUGGGCCCUGGGGCUGAAGUGCGCCAGAUCCAGCGGCUGCUGGUUCACGAGAACUACAAUGCUGCCGACCAGAGCAACGACAUUGCGCUGCUGGAACUGGACCGGCCUGCCGAGUGCAACCUCUACGUCCAGCUGGGCUGUGUGCCCAAUGCCACGGUGGAUGUGUCAGAGCUGGAGACCUGCUAUGUCGCUGGCUGGGGUGCCACCACUGCAAGAGCUCAAAAAUCAAGUGAUAUCCUGCAGGAGGCCCAGGUCCACCUCAUCAAUGUCCAGCUCUGUAACAGCAGCGAUUGGUACGCUGGGGAUGUCCACACCCACAACUUGUGUGCUGGCCAUCCAGAGGGAGGCAUUGACACCUGCCAGGGUGACAGCGGUGGUCCUCUCAUGUGCAAAGACAAUGACGCUGACUACUUCUGGGUUGUUGGAGUGACCAGCUGGGGAAAAGGCUGUGCAAGAGCAAAACGGCCUGGAAUCUAUACCUCCACUCAGCACUUCUAUGACUGGAUUGUCAUCCAGAUGGGCCUGCUCCCAGAUGUAGGCGCUCCUACGACAGCACGGACGUGGGGUUAUUAUCCAACUGCCACACAACCCUGGGGUCCGUUUCCGACCGCUGCAUGGCCCACUCAGAAUCCAUGGCCAAGACCACCCGCCACACAGCCACCAUGGCCAAGACCACCCGCCACACAGCCACCAUGGCCAAGACCACCCGCCACACAGCCACCACGACCAAGACCACCCGCCACACAGCCACCAUGGCCAAGACCACCCACCACACAGCCACCACGGCCAAGACCACCCACCACACAGCCACCACGGCCAAGACCACCCACCACACAGCCACCAUGGCCAAGACCACCCACCACACAGCCACCAUGGCCAAGACCACCUGCCACACAGCCACCAUGGCCAAGACCACCCACCACACAGCCACCAUGGCCAAGACCACCCACCACACAGCCACCAUGGCCAAGACCACCCACCACUCAGAUACCAAAGCCGCCACCACCACCACCACCACCGCCACCACCACCACCAACCCCCGUUCCGAAGCCGAAGCCACCACCAACACCAGUGGACAAGUCUUGCCCAUAUCCAGUCACGAAGCUGGUGAAAUUCUUCACUCAGAUGGAGAAGCUCCUGCAGGCCCUACAGGGAAAAACAGCUUGAGCAGCAGGAUGAACAGGAUCCAGUUCAGGCUGCAUGGGACCAUGACCAUUUCCUGCCGAGGUGAUGCCUGCUGACCCAAAGGCAGCCUCGGUGCCAAAGGCCUGCUCUGUCCUGCCCACACUGCUCCUCUGCAUGUACACGAAUGCUAAUGUUGACUUAGUUGCUGAAAUAAAAUUGCCUUUUUUCACAGUUAA